AUGAAGGAUCAAAUGCACCGCGUAUUCCUUGUCUUGCUUGCCUGUGUCAUGAUGGCCGAUGUUAAUGCCGCGAUGCGACUUGUGAAAUCAAUGUCUAUGCGGGCCACCACGGAGGGGGACAAGGACAGCGGUGCGAUGAUGAUUGCAGAAAGUGAAUCUCCUACGGCAAUAAUGAUGGAUGAAGCCAGCAGCAGUGGUGCGACGGUGGACGAAGAAACACCAGCCCCCGGCUCUCCUUCUAGGCCUGCGACAAUAAUCUGGGAUGAAAGUGGCUCGAAAGGCCCAAAAUGGGUCCUCAAAAGCCACGUAGAUAAUGUUUCUUGCUGUGUAGUCAACACAAAGACAAAAAGGACCAUUCUUGAUCAAGUCGAGCUCGUGAAGGAUAAAUCUUAUCCAUUGGACGCCCAACUUCAUGAAGAAAUGCUGAUCACUUAUAAAUGGCCGGUCAGCCCCAAGCGCAGUGAACCAAAGACAUCGAACUCACUUUCCAAAAUCUUCCGUAGAAAGUUACGCUUCGAUGAUUUCAGAACAUCAGACCAGUCUUCAGCUCCCUUUCUCCCUCUUUUUUUCCCAUGA